UGCGUGCGCGGAUUGUUGAUGCCAGCCUAUCUUUGACAGACGUAGGUAGUUAGUGUUGGUCGCUUUUAAGCUGUAAUAACUACCUUUUUUCCUCUCCAAAGUCACAAGUCUGACAUCUUAAAGCCUUUAAUAUUGCACUAUGUUACAGUUCUUGGCUGGAUUUACCCUCGGCAAUGUUGUGGGGAUGUACCUCGCUCAGAACUACGACGUACCAAACAUAGCCAAAAAAAUCGAAGCGUUCAAGAAAGACGUGGAGGCCAAGAAGAAACCACCGGAGUGAUGAACGUUGAAGGGCGUUUUCCAUCAAAAAUAGAAUAUGCACUCUGCAGAACAUCUAUUUAUUUCACAGGGUUGUGUUAACAAUUGUACAUUUGAUAAACCGUAAAUAUAUAUAUAAGUAGACCUGAAACGGGUUUCACUUAAAUGUUACUUUAUUAUUAUAUUUUUACUAGAGACCUGGAUUUAAAAUGUUUGGGUUUAUAAAUCCUGUUUGCUAUCCUGCUUGGUACAUAAGUGUGUGAUCACAUGAUGAAAACAAUUUGGACAUAUUCAGCUUCCAAUAAAGUUGCUGAGCGUA